UUUGCAGCAAACCGACAUCAUCCAGAAACAUUAAAUCAGUGUACAGUACAAGCCAGUGGUAAGGUAGCGUCUAAUGAACUGUGGAUGUUCAUAGCGGGCUAUAGAAUAAGCGAUUCACGGCACUGGUUCAUUGGCCCAGUCACCUAUUUUUGGCAUGGACGAUGAGAUACCGGAUCUCGUGGACGUCAGUUCAACGGCCGCAGCCCCAGAGACUUCUCCAGAUGGGUCGCCGUUGAGGAAAGUACCGAUUACCAUUGUCACAGGAUAUCUCGGGGCGGGCAAGACGACUCUGCUCAACUAUAUUCUUACAGCGGAGCACGGCAAGAAGAUCGCGGUCAUCCUUAAUGAAUUUGGCAACACGGCCGACAUUGAAAAGUCCCUGACGGUCAAUCAGAACAACCAAGCCACCACGGAAUGGAUCCCCCUGGCGAACGGCUGCAUCUGCUGCAGCGUCAAGGACAGCGGUGUGGCGGCUUUGGAGUCCUUGGUCGAACGCCAGCGUGACUUUGACUAUAUCUUGCUGGAAACCACUGGGGUGGCAGAUCCCGGAAACAUUGCCCCGAUGUUCUGGAUGGAUGAAGGCCUGGGUAGCAGUAUCUACCUCGAUGGCAUUGUCACCGUGGUUGACGCAAAGAACAUCCUAAAGAGUCUUGACGAGCCGGCUCCAGACGAACUACCGCAGUCUGACGAGGUGGAGGUGGACGACAUGGCCGAUGAACGCAAAAUUGGUGAUCACCAUAGCACACCACUCCUGACCACCGCGCAUCUUCAAAUCUCCCACGCCGACGUUAUAAUACUGAACAAGACCGAUUUAGUCUCGGACACACAGCUCGCGACCAUUCGACAACGCGUGUCUUCCAUCAACGGCCUUGCCCGCCUAGUAUGUACAGACCAUUCACGCGUCGACACGCUCAGCGGGACAGUACUUGAUCUGAACGCCUAUUCCACCUUUCCUACCUCCACCACUGGUAGCACCACCACCACAUCCGGUCCGGCUCCGGAUUUCUCUUCCAAAGGUCAUUCUCACCUCGACCCGACCAUUUCAACCCUGACCUUCCCCUUGCGACCUGUCGACCCUGGUGAGGUGUCAAUACUGCAAGACUGGUUGGAGACGGUGCUUUGGGAGGCCGAAGAUCGCCAGGAAGGACAGACCCGCAAAUACGAGAUUCACAGAACAAAGGGACUCAUUCCAAUCACCGAUGGCACCGUCAGAAUCGUGCAAGGUGUCCGGGAAAUCUUUGAGAUAAUUGAGCCUCCACCGGCACCAGCCAGCGACGAUACUAACAACUCGGAGAACGACGACAACAUGACCCAGCAGCAACAACAAGGCAAAAUUGUCUUCAUUGGCCGGAACCUGGACCUGGUUUCCACUGUUGGCCCUGUUCCUUUCAGCAACUUGAAUUGAACUGAGCUGUUUACCUUACUGGUACCCGGCUGUCUUGCACGCUAGGCCACGCCAAAACUCGAAAGUUAUGCGACUUGGACCUGCUAUCUACAAACCGGAUACACAAAAGCAGCAGCUUAUGGUGCGCACUGUCGAUUAACACCUAGUAGGGAUGCAUACUUGAUCGAGAAUACUCAUCUUGAACAGGAGUCGCCCGGUCAGAAGCAUUAGGAGGACCAAGGACCGAGCAAAUUAACACCAACUGGCCAUCAUAAGGGCCUGCUCAUGAAGUUGAACGACUGGACCGCAUCAAAGCUCCUCCAGCAGCGCAUCCGUUAGCUUGCGACCAAUAUCAGUGUUUUAUUGUCCCAGAUCCGAAUACCUACAAUAUACCGCAGCGCCAAUUAUAUUACUAGAUAAACCAAACACAAGACUAAACACAGAUUCCGCUUUGAUCCUCCCGAAACAAAAAUCGCUAACGCUUCC